UCGGGUUCAGUCAAAUAUUUCGUUCUGCUAAAUCUAACCUUUCACUUUUUAACUGAGGUUAGGUAAGAAAACUCAGUCAAUCGGGCAAUCAAAUAUCAUCAGUCACGGACAGAAAGCUAAGAGGACUAUAAGAAUAUAAAGUAACGCGAAGGACUUGAAGGAUAUUGCAAACAGCUAAUACCUGAAACAGGGAAAUUAUCGAAGUCCAGGUGUUUGGGCCAUAAACAGCGAAGCAUUUGGACCGAGCCAAUCGGACAAGAAAGUGGCCCAAAUUUGAGGACAGGUAAAGCUCCUCUCCAGGUAAAAGCCCUUGUUACAAAAACCCCUGUUCGGUGUUGCAUAUAAGACAGAGAGUUGGGAGAUUGCAGCUGUCAGAGAGAAUCCAGCCUUCAGAUCGGCAACAACAUGGGCAACGUAAUGGAUCGCAAGGUGUCCUGCUCAGAGGCACGUGCCACAAACACCACGCCCACUCCGAUCGUCACUGAAAAGGAGCAGGAGACGCUGAAGCCAGUGGGAGUGGUGGAGCCGCAGGAGAUUGUGCCAAAUUUGUCCUUUCAUUUGUUCAGCUAUCGGCAGCAAAUGGGCUGCAAGAAGCACCAGUUGAUGAAGUGGGCCACAUCCAAGCUCGUGCUCACCGAGGAGCUGCUCAAGUUGCAAAGGCAACCCGUGGGCGAAACCAACGAGUCCUGGACCGACUUUGCAUCCUUGUACUCGGAUGAGGAUGAUGAGGAGAACCGAGCUCCCACUGCUGACGAUCCAUUGGCCCAGGAACUGAGCCACCUGAAGAACUACCGAAUGGAACUGAGGGGCACCAUUCUGGAGUUCGCCCAGGAGAAGAUGAAGAAGCGGGAGAAAAAGAAGCUAAAGCGCCUGAAACGACGCACCCUGAUCUCCUCCAAGAAGCCCAGCAACAAGAACAAGCUCAAGUACUGGCAUCCGCAUCCGGAGGUCGAGGAGCAGGAGCAGGUUGAUUUGGAUGCCCAGGAUCACACGGACAUCAUUGUCAUCGAUUAAUUCAGUAUUAUAAUUUACUAAGUCUUAGUUA